CCGGUCGGCUGAGCUGUCAGCAUAGGGAUUCCCUGUCUGUGUGGGACAAGGACCGGGAGAGAGAGAGAGAGAGAGAGAGAGAGAGAGAGAGAGAGAUGGCGUUGAUUGGGAGUGUCGCGCACGUCUCGACCGGGGCUGUCUUUGCCCGCGGCCGCACGCCGGCGGUAGAAGACACGCCGCGUGAGUUACCUGCAUCAAGUUUCAGAGGAGCGCAGCUAUGCUGUCGCCACGUCAUCGGCCUGCGGAACGUUGAUCUCCGAAGGCGGCCACGUGGCAGGAAAUUAUCUCUGGAGGAGUUGUGCGGAAGUCAGAAAUGGAGGUCCUUUCCCCCCACCACCGCCGCCGCCGCCGCCGCCGCCGCCGCCGCCGCCUUGACAGCGCCGCGAUGGGCGCUCAGGAAUCCAAAGAAGAUAUUAGGAGAUGUUAAGUGGGAGAGAGCGGAGGGGUGCCCCUUGGUGAUGGGCAUACGGUCGAGAUCGGGACCCGGCAGGAGGCAAAUGGGGGCCUCGCACCAGAGAAGACUGUCGCCGGCAGCAGCGACAGCUUUGGACGGUACAGAAUUCUCCAGCUUCAUCUUGAAUCUCCCGGACCUCUCCCCAUUUCUGGUGACAUCAAUUGGUGGAAUCAGCUUUGUCCUCUUGCGGUUGUUUGUCUACUUCAGGAUGCAGUAUGUGACAGCUGCCAUGCUAGCAAGGCAUGUUCCGCGUGGGGGUGCUCGAGUCUUGGACCUGAAUGUUGCGGGUGGGAAAAACCUCUACUACCUGCCGAAAGAUGUCGUCCAAGUAAUUGCAGUUAAUCCAAAGGCCAGCAGGCAACUCCUAGAUAACCAAGCUGUGCAGGCAGGCGUGCCGAUCGUCUUUGAGGACAUGACGGCAUCUGGCGCGCUGGAUUUACCAUCGAACAGCGUCGAUGCUGUGGUGAGCAUCUACGCUCUGUGCUCGACCCCGGAUGUGCAGAAUAUUUUGAAGGAGGCUGUGCGUGUUCUUAAGCCUGGAAAGCCAAUCAUCUUUGUCGAAAACGUAGCGGCCUCAGGAGGAAUUGUUCUGGCUGCACAGAGAGCUUUGGAGGCUGCACACAAUUUGACCGGAUGGGGCGUUCACACUGUGCGAAACACAUUACAGGAAAUCAAGACUGUUGAAGAACUGGGGACUGUAGAGUCGGACAUGGUGGCUGAAUUUCAGGACCCCCACGUUGUUGGCAUUGGGAUAAAGAAGGCGGCAUCAGUCAACACGGCGCCGCAAACGCCAACGCCAUUCAGUUCCACCAAGAACAAGACGACAGCGCCAAAGAAGGAAGUCAGGAAAGGCGGUUUCGGAUCAGCAACAUCGGCUCAAAGACAAACAAAAAAAUAGUUUUCUGAAUUUGUAUUAUUUUAAUUUAUUUAUUUGAAAAAAAAAAGCAAUUGCUUGUGUUUGUUGUGGAUUUUCAAGCAGGCGAUGCUCUGUGACGCUUUUUGUUUUCGUUUGCAAUUAGUGCCAUUUUGGAGAAUUGCAAAGCGGGAGAAGAAAACAUAGCAGCACAAUUAAUAAUGGGAGUUCGGAUGUGUUCCCGGGUGUGAGUAGGCGAGGGCUGAGGGUUUCACUUUCUUUCCUAUUUCAAAUUAAAUUUUCCGAUUAGCUUUUAUUUUAUUUUAUUUGAAUUACGCUCUUAGAAAAAUGAUAUCCCUGUAUAUGGGGGCGAGUUUUAACGGCAGCAAGGCAAGGCUGCCCUGCUGACAGUGACCACCAGCAUUGUACAGAGUCUACAGACAAUUGUUUCUGUAAUGUGAGAACUCGACUGGAUGUCACCGGUAAAACCUAAGUAACGUGCUCGCUCCACUACACAACACUGUACAUGCAUUUGGACGCU